UUCCAAAUCGGGUUGAAAAAAAGAACUUUAACAAAAAAUUUGAAUAAUUCGUUAUUUCCGUUUCUGAGAGUUCACGGCUAUCAUAUGAAUCCUUCCCCGAAACUUCCGCAUUUGCAAAAAAAAAAAAAAAAAUUAUCUCAAGAGGGGUAACGACCUUAUCCUCACUAAUAUAAAAUCAUCACCGGACAUUGUAAAUCCAGUCAGUUUCCUCUCGUAUUAGCACCUUUAGACUUCCUAAAUUUUGUUUCUUAAAAAAAUAAUAAAUAAAAAAUUUUUUUUUUAUAUAGUUACAAUAAUUAUUUUUUAAUCACUUAUUAUUCGAAUUUGAAUUUAUAAUUCAAAUAUUGUUAUUAUAUUCAAAUAAUAAUAAUACAAAAUUUUUCGUAACAAAACUAUUGAAAAUUAUUUAAUUAAAAUAAAAUUUGAGAAAUGACUGAUUUACUGAUGAUGGUAAUAACAAUAUUAAUAUCGGGGUCAACGACUUUUGCAUGGCCUUUUCAACAAGUCAAUGUCCUUGACAAUGGCCUUGAAAAUACAAAUGGUUUAAUUGCGUAUUUAACGCAAUUGGGGGAAAAAUUAUUUUCCGAACCUAAUGCAGAAAGUGGAAGUCGUGUUGCCGAAUGGAACGUGGGAAUGAAUGUAAAUCCUGAAGAACUUGGAGAAUAUGUUGAGGGUGAUAUUUUAUUUCCAAGUGCAAUGGGAAGAAAUGGACUCAAAGCAACUUCAGCUCGAUGGCCAAAUGGUGUCGUGCCCUACAUGAUUAGUCCAUAUUUUAACAAAGAACAACGAAAUUUAAUUCAAGAGGCAAUGGAUGACUAUCAUAGACACACGUGUAUUCAAUUUAAACCAUAUGAAGGCGAGGAGACUGAUUAUAUUCGUAUCACUGCAGGUAAUACUGGAUGUUGGAGUAGCGUUGGAAAAAUUGGUGGACGUCAAGAUAUAAAUCUUCAGGUUCCAGGUUGUGUCACAAAAAAAGGGACAGUGAUACAUGAAUUAAUGCACGCUAUUGGAUUUUUGCACGAACAAAGUAGAUACGAGAGAGACGAUUUUGUUCGUGUUCAAUGGAAUAAUAUUCAGAGUGGUCGUGAAAAAAAUUUUGAGAAAGCUUCAAAACUAACAACUGAUGCUUUUGGAAUUAAUUAUGACUAUGGAAGUGUAAUGCACUAUUCAUCGGGUGCAUUUUCAAAAAAUGGACAACCAACUAUUCUUCCAAGGGGAACAAUUGAUACAAAAGUUAUAGGCCAACGAGUUGGAUUUAGUAAAAAGGACAUUCAAAAAAUUCGCCGAAUGUACAAAUGUGGUAGCAAAAGAAGUUUUAGUUUAAGUGAUUUUUUCUUUUGAAUUAUAAAGUUCAAUUUGAAACUUAAAAAACAUAUAUAUUAAUUUACAAUUAUUACCAAAGAACGAAUAUGACUUGAAAAAUUAUUUAAAAAUUUUAGAAUUUUAAAUUAAAAAAAUUCAAUAAUUUUCAUAUAUAAAUUUUAAUGUAAAAUUCUCAUAUAUGUAUAUGUAUAUUAAAAUAAUGAAAUAAAUUGAAUUUAUUUAAAAUUAAA